CCUCUCAAAGGUCUCUCACACCUUUCCCACCACUUAGGGCUCCACAUUCAAUCCCCAAUUCAAUUAAUCCCUCUCUAACUCAAAUCGAUUUCUGGGUUAAACCCAUGGCGGGGAAGUUAACGGCGGGAGCGAUUGGGAAGAUGCUGAGCGGAGAAGUGUCGACGGACAAAGAAAUGAUGCCGAUUCUGCAAGUGACGGAGCUGAAGCUGAUUCAGCAACCAAGGAAGAACCAGGAUAGCAUGGAAAGGUACAAGCUUUCGUUAUCAGAUGGGAUCCAAUCGCAAGAAGGGAUACUCAACACUACCCUCAACCUUCUCGUCAAACAAGGCAAGAUUCAAGUCGGUUCCGUCUUGAGACUCACUCGUUUCUUCUCCAACAACGUUCAGUUUCGAAGGAUUGCUAUUGUGUUGGAAUUAGAGAUUAUUGCUGAGCAAUGCGAUAUCAUUGGAAACCCUCUUCCUGUUAACCCGGGGAAGCUUAGAAACUCUGCCCAAUCCUCCACUGAUCACACACAACAACAACAACAACAACAACAACCUGGAGCUGGUUCUGUAAAUACACAAAGCAAUGGUGGCUUUGAGCAUCAACUUGGUAAGAGUGAGCUGAAUAAUGGUACAGUGAGACAUGGUGGCUUUGAGCAGCAACAUGCUAAGAGUGAACUCAAUAGUGCUGUGAGACAUGGUUCAGCUCAACAACAUCAAGUUAGUGAGAGGCGAGCGUUUGGUACUGCUUCUGAGUUUCCUGAAGAAAAACCUUCCACUAGACCAUUUGGAAGUUCUAGGCAGGAGCAAACUCGGCCUCCUCCUCCAACGGCUUAUUCUCGUCCACCAGUUCAGUCUGGUUAUCAGGCUCAACCGCCGUCGAUGUACGCUAACACGGGACCAGUGUCUAGGAACGAAGCUCCUCCCACGGCAGUUCCUAUAGCUGCUCUGAAUCCUUACCAGGGUCGGUGGACCAUCAAGGUGAGAGUCACGAGUAAAGGAGAGCUUAGGCGUUUCAACGGUGCCCGUGGGGAAGGGAAGGUGUUCAGUUUUGAUCUAGUUGAUGCUGAUGGUGGUGAGAUUCGGGUGACUUGUUUUAAUGAUGUGGUUGAUAGAUUCUUUGACGUGAUUGUUGUUGGUAAUGUUUAUCUGAUCACAAAGGGAAACUUGAAGCCUGCUCGUAAAGAGUAUAAUCAUCUUCCCAAUGAUUAUGAAAUACAUUUAGACAAUGCUUCAACGAUACAGCAAUGCUAUGAGGAUGAUGCUACCAUUCCGCGGAAUCAGUUCCAUUUCAAGGACAUAGGUGCUAUCGAAAGCAUGGAGAGCAACAGCAUCAUUGAUGUAAUUGGCAUUGUGUCGUCCAUCAGUCCAACAGGGUCGAUCAUGCGGAAAAACGGAACCGAGGCACAGAAAAGAGCGCUUCAGUUGAAGGAUAUGUCAGGCAGAAGCGUGGAGGUAACCAUGUGGGGUAACUUCUGCAAUGCAGAAGGAGAGAGAUUGCAGAGUCUUUGCGAUUCUGGUCUGUUCCCUGUUCUCGCUGUGAAGGCAGGCAGGAUCAGUGAGUUUAACGGGAAGCAAGUGAGCACCAUUGGAUCAAGCCAACUCGUCGUGGAGCCAGAUUUACCUGAAGCCAGAGAGUUGAGGGCAUGGUACGAGAGAGAAGGACGUAAUGCUCCUUGUAUCUCUAUAUCUAGAGAGUUCUCAGGUGCUGGCAGACAAGAGGUUCGCAAGGUAAUCACUCAAAUCAAGGACGAGAAUCUAGGGACCUCAGAGAAGCCUGACUGGAUCACAGUCAGUGCCACCAUUUCGUUCAUGAAGGUUGAGAAUUUCUGCUACACAGCUUGUCCUAUCAUCAAUGGAGACCGUCCCUGCAGCAAAAAGGUCACUAAUAACGGAGACGGGACUUGGAGGUGUGAGAAGUGUGACAAAUGCGUGGAUGAGUGUGACUACAAGUAUAUAUUGCAGCUGCAGUUACAGGACCAUACAGGAGUAACCUGGGCCACAGCGUUUCAGGAAGCUGGUGAGGAGAUAAUGGGGAUUCCUGCGAAAGAUCUGUAUUAUAUGAAGAAUGAGGAUCGUGAUGAGGAGAAGUUUGAAGACAUCGUCCGCAAGGCUGCUUUCACCAAGUACAUUUUCAAGCUGAAGGUGAAGGAAGAGACCUUUAGCGACGAAAGCCGUGUGAAAGCAACAGUUGUGAAAGCGGAGAGGCUGGAUUAUUCUUCAGAUACCAGGUCCCUUCUAGAGGCAAUGAAUAAACUCAGAACAGAAGAUGCAAAUCCUGUGACUACAAACCCAGAGAGUUCUAACUACAGGUCUGGUGCUUUUAUCUCCGGUAUUGGAACUUCAGGGACCAGAGAGACCUCAUCACUUGACGUGCCACGCAGUGAGUUUGGAUUACCUGCAGCAAACCAAGUGAAUCAGUUCGGUAAUCAACACAGUAACGAGUCAAGACCUCUUGGUGGUGCUACUUUGUGUGACGCAUGUGGGAGCAAUGCUCAUGUUUUUGCCAACUGCCCAAGCUUUCUGAGUGAGCCACAAGGACAACACACUAGUAGCGUUUACGGGAACACAACGGGAAGAAACGCAGGUGGUAGCAUGCCAAGGCAACAUGUUGGCAGCUACUGAACUACUGAAACUAUUUAACAUCUCUUUACAUUUAUAUAAUCGGUCAGAUGCUGUUCUGACUGUUUUAAGUUUACUACUCUUCAUAUUUUGAGUUUUCUUUUUCUGUUUUUAAUCAAAUUAAAGUACGUCUUUACUGAGGGAA